AUGGCGGCGGGAGCGGGAGCCUUCGCUCCCUCCUCCCUCCCCUCCACCUCCUUCGCUUCCUCCAAGGCUUUCCAUGCCUCCUCCUCCCCCUCCUCGCCUCUCGGAAGAUCAUCCUUCUCUCUCGCCGGAGCCUCGAGGCAGGUCGGUGCGCCAGCUCUGUCGGCAGCGAGCUGGCAGCGCUCGGAGGGGUUGAGAGGAGCCCGAGCGUCGUCCUUCGGUGUGGUGAUCACAGGAGCAGCAGGAGGAGUCGGGUUCUCCUACGCUGACGAGUUUCUCGCCCGAGGACAUCGCGUCGUCAUCUGCGACAUCUCCCCCAAGAUCUCGCAGGCUGCUGACGCCCUGAGGAAGAAGCACAGCAACGCACAGCUCUACGAGAUCAUCACCGACGUCAGCGACAAGAACAGUGUUUCUCAGCUCGCUUCCUUCGCCAAGGAGAAGCUCGGCACCAUCAACUACUGGAUCAACAACGCUGGCAUCAACGGAGGAAGGAGAGCGUUCGUCGAUGUUCCUGUCGAGCAGGUUGAGGCCGUCGUCAAGGUCAAUCUGCUAGGAGCGCUCCUGUGCACUCAGUACGCGAUGAAGACCAUGCUCCAGCAGCCGGGCGUUACCUCGCACGUCUUCAACACCGUUGGCAGCGGCGUGAAGGGAGGAGGAACUCCAGGAUACGUCUGCUACGGAGCAACCAAGCGCGGCCAGCCGCAGAUGACCAAGUCACUUGUAGAUGAGCUCACCAAGGGAGUGCAGGGAUACGAGAAGAAGGAGUAUCCGGGAGACGUCAAGCAGGUGCAUACCCUCUCCCCAGGCAUGGUCUUCACCCAGCUGCUGCUCGAUGACUCGACGCCUGAGCUCCGCAAGUUCCCCUUUGGAGUACUCGCGGCUCAGCCCGAGGAGGUGGCUGCGGAUUUGGUUCCCAAGAUUCUUUCAACGACAGAGCAAGGAUCCUCUGUUGAGUUCCUGACAACUGACAAGAUUCUCUUCAAGCUGUUCAGCAGAUUUGUCUUGCAACAGAAGAGCGAGUACAUCGACGACGAUGGCAACGUCAUCAAGAGGCCUGGUGCUCAGUACGAUGAGAACGGAGUGAGAGCUUUGUUCUGA